AAUCCACCUGUUUUGAAACUUUACAAGAAAGAAUCCUCUCACUGGAGAGUGAAUCCCUGGCGAACUACAUAAAAAACAGCAUCAACAUAGAAUUUGUCCUAGUGGCAUUUAGCACUAACCACAGAGAGGAGUCCCUGGUAGACGGAGAACCCAACAGAAAGAUGAAAUACAUUUCUCUUACUCUACUGGAUGUUCCAGCACCAGAUGACGGCUCAUCCAUUGGAUCCAUGAUGUUUGCUGAGACCUUCUUAGACUCCAGUAUAUCCAUUGCAGGUUCCAGUGAGACCAGUUCUGAGGUUUUCAUUGCCACCUCCUGCAUCCCACGCUACCAGCUCUGGAGUAUGAAUGGGUUUUUUAGAAACCAGAAAACAUCUUGCCCAUCCCUGUCAUCAGCCCAGUGGGGGGAGAAGCUGAUGACACAAGGUGACAUCUACAUGACAGGGACGUGGACAGCUCUCCUGCCAGCAGAGAAAGUGGUUCUCACGUUAUGGGAGCAUGGCUUCUCUGUACAGAGUGGGGAUUAUGGUGCCUUUACCCUCCAUGGAUCAGACAUCAGCUCUGUGUCUCUCUAUGAUGGAGAUUCCAUGACCCAGGUGACUGUCCUAAUUCUGGAGGUCACCAUGACCAGUGUCAUGUGUGACGCCAUCCCCCCACACCUGUAUGCUGACGUGGAUGAGAGAGGUGUGAGCAGGAUUCUCUUUGCCUUCAACCCCCACACCAAGGCACACACACAGCUGUAUGGGAACGUGCUGCCUGCAUGGAAGACAGACUCCCAGGUUCCUGAAGUCAUACGGCUAAAAAAUCUGGACCCACAACUUCAAGAAAUACACACCUACCUUCAGAGUUUGGUGGACUCAUCCAUGCAUGGUGCGCUGACAUCACUGAAAAAACUAUCCAACUCUAUGCCAAAUCUUUACAGGUUCUUAGAUCACCUGACUGAAAGUUGUGGCCUUCACGGUCCAGUGACUACUGAUGUCUACAACUCCCUACAGGGGAUCUCCCUGACACAGAAGAAAAUGAAUGAUGAUAAGAUAACUGUCACAGUCAUUACAGGCGCCCCAGGGUCUGAUAAGGAGGCUUUGGCCAACAUAUUAACAACAUACAACAAGCACGUGUUAAACUGGCUGGUGUACAGACAGGUAGAGGAGUGCCAGGUCAACACAGCAGACUUGCACCAGUUUUUGACCAAUGCUGCCCACAGCCAGUCUCAGUGGCUACUCUCUAAGUCAAUCCGGAUCAUCAUUAUAGCCCCAGGGUUCUGUGACACCCCUGAGAUUCUCCGAGCCAUUUGUUCCCACCCUGACCACAAGUUGAGAACCCUCUUUGUUGUUGGCUCUGUCACUUUGUGUAUAGACCCAUCCAACGCAUUUUUAGAACACAAAAUGAGCCUGCCCAUGUUAACAGCUCAAUGUGCCCAGGGAUGGGUCAACAAUAUAGUCUUCACAUCCCAGACCCUAGCACCUAGUUCAGUACUGGAGGAGCUACAGACUCUCAUCCGCAGCAUCAACUCCGAUGUUGCUCUGUUAAAGGCUGAGAAAGGUUUAGUUACAAGGAGCACAGACCUAGACCUGAUCAUGUCAGAGAAAUCAUUCCAUGAGCCAGAGAUGGAGAGGGCCAGAGUUCUGCUUAAACCCUCCUGGCGAGAAGGUUACCCCCACGCUUGGCCCUGCCACCCAGAGAUGAAAGACGUCAUCCUCCAUUUUGUUUUACCACUAGAGAAACAUCUAACCCUCAUCAAACUCACAAAUCUGAAGAAAACAAUGAAGUCUUACCCAUUCAAAGGGAACAUUUAUCAUGUCCACGGAAGGUUAAAAUUUAAUGGCUCAGGGACGUGGUUUGAAAUAGAGUUCACUCCCCUGAGUGGAAAACUAGUUUUAAAUGAUGAGGCUGUGGAGAAAAGUUCCGAGUUCUUCAUGUGUUUCACUGGCGUUGGUCUCAAUGUAGAGGAGCUGAAGCUACUGUUGAACGGCUGCAUCAAACAGAAACCAGACAAGAAGAAAUUCAUCACCAGAGAAGAUCUGACGCCUCAAGAAAUUGACAAAAUUCAUAAAAGCCAUCAUCUAGAUGGUCUCCCAGAAGGAUGGUACUACAACGGAUCUCAGUUUGUCAGUAUGGAUGGGGAACGCUCUUACAAGCAUCCCAAUCUUGAAAAGUUUAUCCAGGACUACAUUGACAAAAAGAAUUUGGAUAUCAGCAAAUACAACAGUCGUGUGGAGAGUGAAACCUACCUGACUCUCUGGCACUAGGGGAAGAGUUAUCUUGUGCUCGAAAUUUUUUAUUUUGCUUUAAGAGUUGUCAGCCAUGGAUGAGUUGUCUAACUUUAUCUAACUUCAUAGCAUAAGCUUGAGUUGUCUAACCUGGUUGGCACUUGUGGCCUGAGUUGUCUAACCUUUUCAUAGUUACCAUAACUUUGAUUUGUCUAACCUGGUUGGCACUUGUGGCCUGAGUUGUCUAACUUUAUUGUCUAACUUCAUUGUUAGCAUAAGCUUGAGUUGUCUAACCUGGUUGGCACUUGUGUUCUGAGUUGUCUAACCUUAUGGCUAUAGUUGCCAUGUUACAAGCUGAAGGGACAUCAGGUUGUGAAUGUGACAAUAUAAAAUGUUUCAAGAUGAUUUACACUAAUGAAUUGGGAUCCUGUUUACUCUAGAUACUUUUUUAAUGGAACAUCAAUGCACUGUGCUACAAAAGUUGAAAUAAAUUAAAAAAAAAAAACAACUAUUAUUUAUCUCCAGUAUGGCGGUGAUUUGUUUUCUAGAACGUUUUAACACACGUCUUGUAAAUGUUAAUCAAAACAGAUUAUCCAGCAGUCUAAAAUACCAUCAUAUAAUUUUGCUGGGAGAUUUCUGUGUGGCAUUCUAUAAUCAAAUAAACAAGAAAGUAAACAAUUAUGUUUGUCUAGUUUUUACAUGUACCAUAGCUAAACUCAUGCUAAAAGAAUGUUGCUAUGACUUUGACCUUACUUUUGAAUCAAUUAAAAUUGUACUUAAUAAUUGUUUCUAUUACUAUUAUAUAUAAGUAUUUGAUUGGUUGCAAUUUUAUACCUAAUGCCUCAUGAAAAAAAAGUUUUGAUUCGUUCAAAUUUUUAACCUAUCCACUUGUCGAUAUUUUACGUAAUCAUUGUUUAUACAACGUGUUUAUUAACAUUCCAUUUUUUAUUCCGCUAUGUAUGCACAACAUCCGUCCAGUACGCUCAUGAUAAAAUGUGUACAUAUUACGCAGUUAUUAUAUAAGGGAGUUGACUCAAUAAAUGUGCAAAAUGUGUUAUAUUCUCGAUAGUUUCCCUUGAUAUUAAAAAAUGUUCUGCUUCUCUUUAU